CAUUUGUUCUCUAUUUGAGCUUUUCUGUCAAUAUUUAUAUUUGCCUUUUAUUACUUAGAAAGUUAUGAUUGUAGAUAAGCACAACACACUGCACCAGGCAUCCUCCGAGUGUUUGUAAUACUUUAUUCCCCCUGUGCGUGGGUUUUCUCCGGCUUCCUCCCACAUUCCAAAAACAUGCAUGUUAGGUUCAUUGGAGACUCUAAAUGGUCCAUAGGUAUGAAUGUGAGUAUGAAUGAUUGUUUGUCUAUAUGUGCCCUGUGAUUAGCUGGCGACCAGCACUGUCUCUCGCCCAAAGUCAGCUGGGGUAGGCCCCAGCAUUCUCGACCCUAGUGAGGAUAAGCAGUAUAGAAAAUGGAUGGGUGGAUAUACCAGAUGGAGCACAAUAUCCUUAGAAGUUAAAAAACAACAUAUUCGAUGUCAUGUUAUGUCUUUGCAACAGUUUACCAUAAAUUGACGAUUCAGCACCAUGGACAGUGUAGUUGAAGUGUCCGUGUGUGUACUGUUUUACCUUUUAAGCUUAAAGUUGUAACACUUUGAUGGCUGCAAUUCAUGUAUUUGUCACAGAAUAAGUUUAGAAUUAUGUCUAUACAUUUUAUUGUUUUAUUUCUUAUAAAUAUUCAUACUUUUAACCUCAGUUCUGCUUUAUUAUGUAUACCAUAACAUAUAUUUAUGUAUACAAUAACAUGCUGAUUUAUGGGUGCGUUUUUUUUGGCUUCCUGUUGUAGUUUCUAUUUUUCAUCUCACAGCGUCGCUGUUGGUAUAUCUGAUGACGUUUAAAUGGGGGAUGUUUUUUUCUGUUCUUUGUGCUGUCCUGCGUUGGCCAUUGAACAGUAGUUGCUCGUGAGGCGAACAGUGAGGACUGAUUGGAUUUUAUUGAAUAUAUUUUGCAGCGCUGUCUUUUUUUCAACGCAUAUGUGCAUUAAUUGCAUAGGGAUUGUUGGAUUUUAAUUGCUGAAGGAAAAAAAACGACCCUCGGACUGAACAAUGAGACGGCAAGUAUUGUUGUUCCUCUCGGCUCUGUGCCUUCGCCGUGUGCUCGGCCAGGUCAGCUAUUCCAUCCCUGAAGAAAUGUCCAAAGGCUCUGUUGUUGGUAACAUAGUGCAUGAUUUAGGUGUAGAUCUCAAGAGGCUGACAUCCGGUAAGGCUCGCGUAUAUACCGGCCGCAGUGUGGCGCACAUCGGCCUGAAUAAAGAGAGAGGAGUCCUCGUUGUCCAAGAGAGGAUAGACAGGGAAGCUUUGUGUGGAGAGAGCACUCCGUGUGCUAUGCAUUUCCAGGUCAUUCUGGAGAAUCCAAUGGAGCUUUUUCGCGUUACGGUGGAGAUCACGGACAUAAACGACAACACGCCCAGUUUUACCAACGCUGAAAAGCGGUUUGAAAUAAGCGAGUCCGCCAUAGUAGGAUCCAAAUUUAUAUUAGAGAAAGCGAUCGAUUUGGACAUAGGCAUGAAUGGCUUACAGCAAUACACACUCACCCCGGCUGACAACUUUGCCUUAAAAUUAGAAAAUGAGGCCGACGGAAGUAAGAAAGUAGAAAUGGUGCUGCAGAUGCCUCUCGAUAGAGAAAAGCAGAGUUACAUAAGGCUUUUAUUAACUGCUACAGAUGGAGGCGAGCCGCAGCUCUCAGGCACCGUGCAUAUAUUAAUUAAUGUGCUUGACGCCAAUGAUAACGCACCUACGUUUGAAAAACGUAUUUAUACAGCAAAAAUACUUGAAAAUGCCGCCAAGGGCACCAGCGUAACGACUGUGAGAGCAUCUGAUAAAGACAUCGGCGCAAAUGGAAAUGUGUCAUAUUUGAUAUCUCCCAGCAAACGCUUUUUAGCCGAUAUUUUUAACAUUAACGCCCAAACGGGGGUAAUCACCCUGAUAGGUGGCAUUGAUUAUGAAAAGGCGACAUCCUAUCAAAUGGACGUAGAGGUGGUCGACACGGGAGGUCUCUCUGAUUCUACCAAAGUUGUGGUUGACGUCAUCGAUAUGAACGAUAACAGCCCUCACAUAAAUAUCGUUUCUAAAUCUGACACCAUAUUAGAGGACUCGCCCCCUAACACUGUUCUAGCAAUGUUAAGUGUGAGCGAUCCGGACUCGGAAAAUAACGGGAAAGUAGAGUGUGUCAUAGAUGAUAACACUCCCUUUAAAAUAGAGUCGUCAUUAAAUGGAUUUUAUACUUUGGUCACAGAGGUAGAUUUAGACAGAGAGAGGUCAAGUGAGUAUAAUAUCACAGUGACAUGCUCUGAUGAAGGAGUACCCUCCCUCUCCAGCAGCGACACUCUCACCUUACGCAUUUCAGAUGUGAAUGACAACGCGCCUGUCUUUGAGAGGAGCUCAUAUGAGGCCUCCAUUGUAGAAAACAACACACCAGGUCUCUCUAUAUUCACAGUAAAAGCCAGAGACGCAGAUUGGAACCAGAACGCUCGACUCUCUUACAUCCUGGAGGACUCCUCUUAUAACGGAGUGCCAGUCUCCUCAUAUGUGUCUGUUAGUGCUGAUAGCGGAGUCAUCCAUGCAGUGCGCUCUUUUGACUACGAGCACCUGAAAGACUUCCACUUUCAUAUCAGAGCUCAGGAUGGAGGCUCCCCUCCUCUCAGCAGCAACGUGAGUGUCCGCAUCCUGAUCCAAGACCAGAACGACAAUGCACCUCAGGUCCUGUAUCCGGUCCAGACAGGUGGCUCGGUGCUGGCUGAAAUGGUGCCUCGUUCAGCAGAUGUGGGCUAUCUGGUGACUAAAGUGGUGGCUGUUGAUGUGGACUCUGGACAGAACGCCUGGCUCUCCUAUAAAGUGCACAAAGCCACAGACAGGGCGCUGUUUGAAGUGGGCCUACACAAUGGAGAAAUAAGAACUGUCCGCCAAGUCACUGAUAAAGAUGCUGUCAAGCAAAGACUGACUGUUCUAGUGGAGGACAACGGGCAGCCCUCUCGUUCAGCUACAGUCAUUGUUAACGUGGCGGUGGCAGACAGCUUCCCUGAAGUGCUGUCAGAGUUCACUGACUUUAGCAUGCAUGACAAGGAGUACAAUGACAAGCUGACUUUUUACUUAGUCUUGGCUUUGGCUGUGGUCUCCUUCCUCUUCAUCACCUGCUUGCUGCUUAUCAUAUCAGUCAAAGUGUACAGGUGGAGACAGUCUCGCAUCCUGUACCACUCCAGCCUCCCUGUCAUUCCAUAUUAUCCACCACGUUACUCAGACACUUUGGGAACAGGGACUCUCCCACAUGUGUACAAUUACGAGGUGUGCAGGACUACUGACUCCAGAAAAAGUAACUUCAAGGUGGACAGAGCUGCUAGUCACAACGUGCUGGUAAUGGACCCCAGUUCUACAGGAACCAUGCAGAAGAUACACAGUGAAAAGAACAUCCUGGAUGAACUUGACUCUCCUCUAGAGUGAAAGCCAGAGAUGCGGACUGGAACCAGAACGCUCGUCUCUCUUACAUCCUGGAGGACUCCUCUGUUAACGGAGUGCCAGUCUCCUCAUAUGUGUCUGUUAGUGCUGAUAGUGGAGUCAUCCAUGCAGUGCGCUCUUUUG